CACACACACACACACACACACACACACACACAUAGACUGGUGACGAAAAAAACGAAGACAAUAGACAAUACUUUGGUGAUCAUGGUAGUUGGUCUCUGAGCCAUGUGCACUAUACGGAGCGUGGUGAACUACAGUGGACCGAUUUGAGAAGCGUCCAUUUAUUCCCGGGGCCCAAAGUUUUCCCUUCUUUUUGAUGCUGCCGACCGAGGCUUCAGGAGGAGUGUGUUUCCCGUCAAGUGAUCACACCGAAGGAAGGAGAGAGGGGAUGAAAACAGAAGAGACCCAAUCAUGUUUGCAACAACCACCAUCAACGACCCCAUUCGGCUCGGAGUACGGUGGAGGUGGAGAGGUGUGUGCGGGCUGCGAGUCGCCCAUCGCCGACCGCUUCUUGCUGCGAGUGAACGAGCGCUCGUGGCACGAGACGUGCGUCAAGUGCUCCGUGUGUCUCAGCACGCUCAGCGGGACCUGCUACUGCAGAGACCGCCUGCUCUACUGCAAACACGACUACGAAAAGCUGUUUGUGAGGAAGUGCAGUGCGUGCCUGCAGGUGAUUGGCCGCUCGGAGCUGAUCAUGCGCGUGCUGGGCCAGGUGUACCACCUGGGCUGCUUCAGCUGCUGUGAGUGCGAGCGGCGUCUGCAGAGGGGCGAUGAGUUUGUGCUGAAGGAAGGCCAGCUGCUGUGCCGCGUGGACUACGAGAAGGAGAGGGAAAUGCUGGCGGCCAUCAGUCCCGCCCCGACAGAGUCAGUGAAGAGCGAGGAUGAGGACGGCGGCGGCGGCUCCGGCGGGGGGAAGGGCGGCGACGAAGGGAAGGACCACAAGCGGUCCAAGCGGCCGCGCACCAUCCUGACCACGCAGCAGCGCCGAGCCUUCAAGGCCUCCUUCGAGGUGUCCUCCAAACCCUGCCGCAAGGUGAGGGAGACUCUGGCCGCCGAGACGGGACUGACGGUGCGGGUGGUGCAGGUGUGGUUUCAGAACCAGAGAGCGAAGAUGAAGAAGAUAGCCCGUCGACAGCAGCAGCAGCAGCAGCAGCAGGAGCAGGAGCAGAUGGCUGGGGGCCGGCGGGGGCCCAACAGGGGGGGCCGACAGAGCAACGAUGACAGCGAAGAUGGCUCCAGUACUCACGGGAUGGACGGGCUUCUGGGGUAUCCCUCGUUGCCACGGCAGCAGCUUCUGGCCCUGGACCCCAACAUAUAUGGAGGGGAGCCCUUCAGACACGGGCUUACACCUCCUCAGCUGACCAAUGAGCAGCUCCACGCCUAUGAAUCCGAGACGGUGUUCCACGAUCUGGACAGCGACGGGAGCCUCGGUCACCUUGGCGACUGUCUCUUGGCAACAGGGGUGGAGAGUGGUCUCCUUGCAGGACGGGUGGGAAACCCAAUCGACCGUCUCUACUCCAUGCAGAACUCCUACUUCACCUCCUGACCCCUGUGAACUCUCACCCUUUCCCUACGCUUCCGCCUUUCACCUCUCAGAGAUGCAGCUAAUGGAGUCCGUCCAUCAACAUGCCUGUAGGACCACUCUUCAUGAACAGCCUACACCCAAAUACAAACACAAGCUUUUAUUCCAAUCCCAAAUCAUCAAAUAGCAAAUAGGCAGGCAAAGAGUGUGCUCGUUUGAAUACACAUUGCGGUAGUAUAGCAUUACCACAAUUGUAUAAAAUCGACACACAAAUGUAUAAGUAGACACUGAAAUUUUAAAAGACCUCAAUUUUAUUGUUUGUUAUUUAUGUUUAUUCAAUGUUAUCAACCAUAGAGGUAUUAAAGCACUUUUAAAAACAAAAGAAAAAACAUAAAACACUUGGUACGAGAUGUUGGUACAAGUUAUAUUAUGUAUCUUUAAAUUAUUGGGGAUAAAACGUUGAUUUAAUCAAACUCUUUACUUGGUCGUCGAAGCAGGGUUGAAGAGAAAUUCAAGAAUCUAAUUAGAUAAGUAGAUUACAAUUGUUUGAUAACGUUGAUGGUGGUUAGGUAUCGUGUACUCUGAAUUGACCUUCAUGGAUAGGGGUAGAAUUGUGUUCUCAGGUUAGUGUGUAUAUUCGUGUGACCUGAGUCUUUCACUCAGGAAGGUAUGCUGGAAAGGAUGGAUCUCAAUUUAUUUUCCACAAUGGUCAGAGUAAAACUUUUGUAAGAAAAAACAACAACAACAACAACAACACAAUAAAAGCUUUCUAAUGUCAGUCUCCAAUUAAAAACAGAGAUAAAAUCCAAAGCUUAUUCUUUAACUUAAAAACAAAAUAGUUCAAGGCCAAAACGGAUAGAAUAGAAACCAAUCACGUAUAGGAAAUACUACAGGGUAGAUUGAAGAGCCUUAUACGGAAACAGGGUCGUGGUUCAGGAAUAGACACUUAAUGGUUCCCUCUUCUUGUAUACCGUGUUCACAAAAUAAAAGUAGUGCUGUGCUGUAGUUUGAAGACAAAAAGGCUCUCCAACUUCCUAAAGUCGGGGUGUUAAGCACGUGAUGGUGUGCUGUCCUGUAAUAUAAAUGUGAAUAUGACUGUAUGUUCGCUACUAUUACACUUUUUGACACUUUAGUUGUUUCUUUAUUUAGAGCAUCUCCUGAAAGAAAUUGUUGUUGUAUGACAUUUUGUAUCUUCUAGUUCCUCUCAUAUUCGACAAAUACUCAAAUUGUAGCAUGAUAUAUUGUGUGUCGCAAUAUAGAUCGGAAAAGUGUGGUUUGAAGUCAUAAUGGACGCCGAGCUUUGCAAAAAGAAAAAAAAAAUCAACAUAGCACAGGAGCCAGACUCUCCCCUCCUCUGGUUCAGGAAUAUAAAUAUAUUAGGAUUAUAUUUGUUUGAUUUAUCGUGCUAUAGUGAUUGGCUACAGCUUGUAACAUUAUCCUUUAUGGCAGUAUGUUUGUCUAUGAUCACUGAUUGAUGGCAUUCAUGCAGUGAUUAUUUUAUGUGAAAGUAACUUAUUUGUGUGGUAUUAGGCGAGUUUCUGCUAUUUUAACAUUUUUUGGGUUUUGUUUAACAGGUGAUGUGAUUUGAAUGUACCGUUGCCAUAUCUUCAAAUACAAUCGGCAAUCACAUUUCUGAAGUGUUGCUUCACUUUUUUGGUCCUGAAUG